AUGUCGCGUGCGCUACAACGGCAACACAUCGGCGCUUUUACCGGUCUGUCUGAUUUCAUUUCAGUUAUGACUACGGAUUCUUGUGGAGGAGGACAAGUUUUUCGAAAGUUUACCCAAUUCAACGGAAUAAUUCUGUAAAAUCACAUCUUGUGUCAUCGAUAAGUGUGUCUUAUUAACUUGGGGGUAAUCUUCAGAAGAUUAGCUACUGGACUGGGGAUGAAGCCAAAACUCGUCUCAGUUUUCCGUGUCUGCUCUGUCAGCUAGCUGGCUAACUAGCUAGUAAGGCUAUCCAUCCUAGCUAACUAUUUCCGACUCAGCUAACGUUUGCUUUUUUUUGUGAAGAGGGCCCAGCUUUACUAGCUAGCGUUACAUGUCUUUAGUUGCUUGUCUCGAUUAGAAUAUAUUUUAUUUGUUUUGCCACGAAUUAGCGUUAUUCAAGCGUUCAAGAGUUGGUUGAACACCAGUCGAUUAUUCACCCGAAGAGGCCGCUCCGGCUUGAUUACAAGUUGUUAGCACGUUAGCUAGCUUUGUUUUUUUUUUUACAUUUUUUUUUUUAUAGCUAUAUCUGGGUAGUUGCCAGCAAACAGCCAAACUGCAGGGUUUUUGUAUUAGGCACAUUCAUCUCUACAUCCCGCUGCAAUACCCAUUUUAGAUUUAAGGGUUGUCUUUGCAGCAGUUUGAAACAUUUCAGCUUUGAGAUUAGAAAGAUUUGUUGCUGUUCAGGGCCCUGAAACUCAAUAUUAGCUUGCUAGUCUGCAUGAGUUGGGAGUGGCUAGGGGUUUGCAUUAGCUGGUUAGCGAGCUAGCUAACAAACAAGGUCAGAUGUUCUUAUAUCGCACCCGUCUAUAGUGCGUAGGAUAAACAAAACGUAAUGACACAAACUCUAUAGAAAAACAAUGUAUUAAUGACCUGUUAAACCACGGUCAGAUUGACAGCGGUUGUGUUUCAAUAGCCGUAUCAUCACCAGGCGCAGGGAUCGGAAACCCCGCACUGGUCAAAUAGUUUGUAUAAACUACCAAUCUGGAUUUAUCCGUUGCUGUGCUAAAGAUUGGGUGCCACACUAGCCUGCUCAAUAUAGCUUAUUUCCCUGUACAUUUUGAUGGACGUGAUUAGAUAUUUUCUAGACGGCUACUAUUGUUAUCGUCAUGCGAUUCUGGCUAGUCAGAGAUCUGACCUGUACAUAGUCGUGUUGAAUAACAUUCAGUGGACGUAAUGUAGCUCUGUGGAAAGAGAGCCCAAAAAUCUUUUUUUUUUUUUUUUUGAUUUACCAGUGUUGGUUACGUUUCUCGUUGAAAAACGUAAAAAAUGAAUAUAAUGUUUGAUAGCUAGUUCGUGCUUUAACUCAAAAUAGAAUAGCCAGCCAGCGGAAUAGCUAGGCUAAAUUGAAUUAACAGCCGAUGAUUGAAGACUUAGAACGUUGUCAUUCUGGAUCAAGAAACCUUGUCUUUAGUCUCUGGUUGGAGUAACACUCCCAAGCCAUCAUCAAUGCCUUCAGCGCUGGCCGUUUUCUCCUGUCGUCCGAAUUCACACCCUUUUCAGGAACGUCAUGUCUACCUGGACGAGCCAGUCAAGAUCGGGCGCUCUGUGGCACGAUGCCGACCGGCUCAGAACAACGCCACGUUCGACUGCAAGGUUCUGUCACGGAACCAUGCCCUCCUCUGGUUUGAUCACAAGACUGGCAAGUUCUACCUCCAGGAUACUAAAAGCAGUAACGGGACGUUCAUCAACAGCCAGCGUCUGAGCCGGGGGUCUGAGGAAAGCCCCCCCUGCGAGGUCCUCUCUGGCGACACCAUCCAGUUUGGAGUUGAUGUCACAGAGAACACGCGCAAAGUCACUCAUGGCUGCAUAGUGUCUACAAUCAAGCUGUUUCUACCUGACGGCAUGGAGGCUCGACGACGAUCAGAUGUCAUCCAAGCACCGUUACCACUUCCUGUUGAUAAGGUUGCAGCCAACACCCCCAGUAUGUACUCUCAGGAACUCUUCCAGCUCUCCCAGUAUCUGCAGGAGGCCCUACACAGGGAGCAGAUGUUGGAACAGAAGUUGGCAACGCUGCAACGCCUACUGGCCACCACACAGGAGGCUUCAGAGAGCAGCUGGCAGGCGUUGAUAGAUGAGGACCGGCUUCUCUCCAGACUAGAGGUGAUGGGCAACCAGCUACAGUCCUACUCUAAAAACCAAACCGAGGAUGGGAUGCGUAACGAGCUGGUAGCCCUGCAGGAAGACAAACACAACUAUGAGACCACGGCCAAAGAGUCCCUGAGGAAGGUCCUACAAGAGAAGAUAGAGGUGGUCAGGAAGCUGUCAGAGGUCGAGAGAUCUCUGAGUAACACGGAGGAUGAGUGUACUCAUCUGAAGGAGAUGAACGAGAGGAACCAGGAGGAGCUCAGAGAACUGGCUAAUAAAUACAACGGGGCCAUCAACGAGAUCAAGGACCUCACUGACAAGAUAAAGCUGGCAGAGGGUCGUCAGGAGGAGUUGACUCAGAGGGGUCAGAUGGAGAAGAAGGAACUGCAGCUUUGUAUUGAUGAGCUGGAGGAGAAGGAACAGGCUCUACAGGCCCGUAUCGAGGCCUUACAGGCUGAUAACGACUUCACUAAUGAACGCCUCACUGCCCUGCAAGUUCGGUUAGAACAGCUUCAGGAGAAAAGCAUAAAGGACAACAACAGUUUAGGAGAUCCACCAGGAGACAAUGACGUAGACGUUGACAUCGCCCUGAACCAACAGGAAGCCGUGAAACAGUUGAAAGAAGCAGUGGGCUCGUCGUUGCACAAGCUGGCCAACUUUGACGAGGUCAUAGAUGCCCACCUGCAGAACAACCAGACAGCAGAAGGAGACAGCCUUACCAGUCCUGACAGACUGAAAGAGAGGAAAAGGGUGGGAGGGAACAUCAGAGAUGCAACAAAUGUAGAAAACCUAGUGGAUGCUAAAGAGUCGGACAUGUCAGAUACACUGAGUCCCAGCAAAGAUCGCAGCAGUGACGACACGUCAGACGGAAACAUGGAUGAUCAUGAGCUGAACGAGCCACAGAACAGGGUCGCCCUGCUCAAAGAUGAGCUCAGUCGCGCCAACCUGGAGCCCGGGGACACAGAGCAGGUGAUUAACCACCUCCACAGAGAGCUGCUGGAGGCCCAGGAGUUGGCCAACACAGGCAAGCAGAAGUGUCUGGAGCUCCAGGCCUUACUGGAGGAGGAGAGGAGGAGUAACAGGCAGCAGACUGAGGAGUCAGCCAAGCAGAUCCAGUACCUACAGAGUCAGUUGGGGAAGCUAGCGGUAGACAUGGAGGAGCUGAAGGAGCAGAGAGAGAGCAGCAUCAGCAGCACACAGGAGGAGCUGUACUCUGCUCAGGAGGAAGUGCUAGUUCUCCACCACGCCAUGGAGGCCGCCACGGCCGAGAGGGAGCGAGACAUUGCCGCCCUGCAGAGGGACCUGGGAGGUGUCACGGCCGAGCUGGAGAAGUGGCGUCAGGCUGCGUCGAAAUACGAACAGGAGAUCAACUCCUUGCAGGCCACCUUCCAACAGCAGAGCCUGCACCAGCAGAGAGCCCUCGAGCUACAAGGAGAGUUGGAGCGCCUUCAGAAGGGCUGUUCCAGUCUGCAGCAGGAGUGUGAGUGUCUCCGUUCUGAGAAGACGACCCUGGUGAACAGACUACACGGACUGGAGACGGACCUGGACAGUUCCAGGGAGCAGACUGCCAGUCUGAACAGCAGUCUUCAGUUACUGGAGAAGUCCCAGGGAGAGAUGCAGAGUAGACUGGGCUCACUGCAGGACCAACACCUCCAGGACGCUAACAAGCUGCAGUCACAGCUGGCCCAGGCUGCUAGCAGGACACAGAGCCUGCAGAGAGAGUAUGAGGACACCCAGACCUUGCUAUCUGACCUGCGGCAGCGUUACGACCGGACAGAGCAGGAGAAACGCUCCAUCAACGAGGAGCUGGAACAGUGUAGAUUCAACCUCAAACUGCUGCAGGACAAGGGCAAGAAUCCAUCCAUAUUGCAGCCUGUCCAAGCCAUUUUCAUCAGCCUUAUCCUGGCCUUGCUGUAUUGGUGCUUCAGCCAGUUGUGGUAGAAAGAUUGGUUGGAGCCCCUGGAUACCAGUGGUAGCAGUGAUGGUAGCAGUGACAGCAGUGGUGCUUUACCACAACUCCAAGAGCACCUCGAACUGAGGAGGCAGCGACCUAUAUAACCACACCUCCUGUACCACCUCUACCUGUCUACCAGGCCUGCCCUGGCCUCCACUCCUCCCUCCACACCCCAACCUCCAGCCCACCUUGCCCUCUCUCCACACCCCAACCUCCUGCCCACCUUGCCCUCCCUCAACACCCCAACCUCCCGCCCUUAUAGCCUCCUGAUCGAUCCUCCAGGGCUGCUACCCCUUUGUCUCCUUGAUUGAUAGAUGUAUUAAUUCAUUAAUUGAUUACCUCCCGUCUGGUCUAGUAGUUCCCCCACAUAAAGGCCCUCUGCUUUAAACUGUACAAAGUCAAACUGUAUAUAUAUAUAUAUAUAUAGAGAGAGAGAGAGCGAGAGGAAAGAUGAAUACAAUUAGUCAUUUCUACCAUAGAUUAAAUACUAUAUCAGCAGUUAUUGUUUUCUGUAAUCAGUUGGAUGAUGGGAAUAUUGGUCAUUGUAUUAUUAUCAUUAAAGUGGCCUAAACUAGGCUUUGUUUUAGUUCUGAUGGGUACCAAACCUUUCUUAAUUUCUUUGGGCUCCAGGUUGUUUUAGAGGAGUUGACUUCCUGUGUGGUUGGUUUACCAUGUUGGGUUGUUCAUGUGCUAUUACAAAUAUGGGUUUAAUAUUGAAGCCAAAAUCAUCAAAGUGAUUAUUUGCUAGGUUACAUCCCUAAUGGUCGAACCAGCAUACUUAUCCCUGUAUGUUGCCCUGGGCAAAGGUACUGCACUAUAUAGGGAAUAGGGUGCUGUUUUGGGAACGUCCGGCCUUCAUGAGGCACAAGGGGUUGUUAAGUGCCUAUUGAAACUAACAGAGGAGUCGGUUUGAACUUUCUAGAAGCCAUUUCUAAACAACUAAGUUAUUGAAACCCAUCUGGUGUGUGUAGGUAACUGGGUUUAUACCGACAUGUAUCUCUGCUGAACUAUUCCGUCUUGUUUUAUUUGUGUAUUGUAAAAAAAAAUAAGAAUAAUAACAAUGGACAAAAUAUUCAUCAUGUUUAAAACAACACUACAGAACUUGUUAUUCGGAUGUGAUACUAGAUGAGUUUUGGUAACUUUGGAGAUAUGUUGAGUUGAGCACAGUUUAUUUGGCCUCUGGUUUUAGCCACAAGAAGACAUUAUGGGCACAACCCCCUUCAGUUGAUCCAUGUUGUUGAAGGCUGUAGUGGACUGGACCAGUAAGUAGUCUGUCUGUCUCUAAACUCUAGCCUGCUAACUCUGGGUUCUUGGCCCAUGUGCAGAUGGUAACCUACCCAGGGCAAACUCCGAACCUUAUACGGUAUGACGUGAUUAAUCUGUUGUAAAAAAAAAUACAAAUAAAACAUUUAAUAUGGGCUAUGAUGGGACCAGAGUUUUUCCAUCGGGUCAAAUGGGUUGAAGAACAACUCCUGGCCUUGGGAGUAUGAAAAUCUGUCAAACUGUAGCAACCUUGUAGUUGUUCGUAUGAAUUAUAUUUUAAAGAAGGGGGGGGGGGGUUCCUACUGUGUACACAGAGAAGGCAACAUGAUUGGACGAUAAGACUCACAUAGGGCUGAGCUUGCUAUAUGCAGGUUUGCAUCGUGUGGGUCUUUCCCUAUGCAACUGUAGGCGUAAUGAAAAUGUACCUCAGUCUUGUCAGCUUUUGUUUAUAUUGAUUCAUUCCAGUCUAGGUAGCCUAGUCGGCCCAAGUUUGAAUGUAAACUAAAUUUGAUCCCAUUCACAUGUUCUCAGAAACAAAACGGGCUAUAAAUACAGAAUGUUACUGCUUCACCUACCCUGGCCAGAGUGACUGGGCACAGUAGGCUAGACUGCAGCUGUCAGUAACCAACAGUUGAUCAGACUGAGAUCGCUAAUGUCAGAUCGCUGAUGUUUAGUUGUUUAGGCUACUACAUUUAUGGAAGUGGUUGUUUUUUGUGUUUUUUUUUUUUUGCUUGUUUCUGUCGAGAGUGAUGUGUUAUCAUGCUUGCUAAAUAAAUACUGGAGGAAAGUGGAAAGCA